UGUUCCACUUCUCCCAGCGCUUCACCACCGUGGUUCCAGAGAGCUGCAUGCUCAUCCUGCUGGGCCUGGUCCUGGGCGGCAUCGUCCUCAUAGCCAAUAAGAAGCAGCUGUAUCAGCUGGAGCCCGCCCUCUUCUUCCUCUUCCUGCUGCCGACCAUCGUGGGCGACGCCGGGUACUUCAUGCCCGCCCGCCUCUUCUUCGACAACCUGGGGGCCAUCCUGACGUACGCCGUGGUGGGGACGCUGUGGAACGCCUUCUGCACUGGCUUCUGCCUGUACGCCGCCAAACUGCUGGGGGUCAUAGAUGAGCGUGUGCAGGCCGACCUCAUGGACUUCCUGCUGUUCGGGGCGUUGAUCUCGGCCGUGGACCCGGUGGCGGUGCUGGCCGUGUUCGAGGAGGUUCACGUCAACGACAUGCUCUUCAUCAUCGUCUUCGGAGAGUCACUGCUCAACGACGCCGUCACCGUGGUUUUAUAUAAAGUCUACAUUUCCUUCGUGGAGGUCGGAGCGGAGAACGUUCAGACGGCAGAUUAUUUCAAAGGAGUCGCCUCCUUCCUCAUCGUCAGUAUCGGCGGGACUCUGGUGGGUCUGGUCUUUGCCGUCAUCCUGGGUUUCAUCACUCGCUUCACUAAGAAGGUCCGAAUCAUCGAGCCGCUCUUCGUCUUCCUGCUGGUCUACCUGGCGUAUCUGACCGCCGAGCUCUUCUCGCUGUCCGCCAUCCUGUCAAUGACCUUCUGUGGCAUCGGAGCCAAUAAGUACGUGGAGGCCAACAUUUCCCAGAAGUCUCGGACCACGGUCAAGUACACGAUGAAGACUCUGGCCAGCAUCGCUGAAACCAUCAUCUUCAUCUUCUUAGGGAUCUCAGCCGUGGACAAGACCAAGUGGGCCUGGGACACAGGCCUGGUGUCCUGCACCCUUGUCUUCAUCUUCGUCUUCAGAGCCAUGGGUGUGAUCGGUCAGACCUGGGUUCUCAACCGCUUCCGCCUCGUCCCAUUGGACAAGAUCGACCAGGUGGUGAUGUCGUACGGCGGCCUGCGGGGAGCGGUGGCGUUCGCUCUGGUGGUGCUGCUGGACGGCGAGCACGUCAAGGCCAAAGAUUACUUUGUCGCCACGACGAUCGUGGUGGUGUUUUUCACGGUCAUGUUCCAGGGUCUGACCAUCAAACCUCUGGUGAAUUGGCUCAAAGUUCCUCGUUCCACCAGCAGGAAACCGACCAUCAACGAGGAGAUCCACGAGAGGGCCUUUGAUCACAUCCUGACGGCAGUGGAGGACAUCGCAGGACUGCAGGGAUACCACCACUGGAGAGACAAGUGGGAGCAGUUUGAUAAGAACUACCUGAGUAAGCUGCUGUUGAGGAAGUCGGUGUACAGGAAGAGCGAGCUGUGGGAGGCGUAUCAGAAGAUCAACAUCAGAGACGCCAUCAGCGUCAUCGACCAGGUGAGAGCGAGUCGUCACUUCAGUCCUGAGGCUCUCAUCAGCG